AGCUACACUUCGUGCGUUAUGCUGACCGUACUGGGGUGUGCACCGCUGUUCACACCGCACGACAACCGCAUACACGGGGCGGCGCGGCUCCUUUGCAGUCUGUCCAGGACCGUUGGCGCCGUCAUCAGCAUCCAGGCCGGUGAAAGCAACGCCGCGGAGGGUAACCUAACCUUGGAUGUCGUCCAUGAGUGCCAGAACGCUGAUGGUGUUACAGCGGCAGAAAUAGAGGAGGUAAGCAUUCAGAACAAGGGAUCGUCUGGAAAGUACGUCCGUUUUUCAUAUUCAUUCGGCAAAUUACGGGAGGCCAGCGCCUGCAGGACUCAGGGUAGGCCAACCCGCAGUACACGCAUGCAUGGCAGGCAAGAUGCGGCCUACCAACUAGGCGCUUGACCUUACAGGUCUAAGGAGGUUUGUAAUACGGCGAAUGACAGAUGUUCUUCCUGGAUGAUCGACUGGCCGACUUACUUAUUCGAUUAAAAUUUACAUGAUAAAUAUAGUAAUUUU